AUGGGGUGUGUCAACUUUAAGGCCAAAAAUGGACGAUUUCCUGGGCCGCAGAAUCCAGUUACCCUUGCAGCAGAUACAGCUUUUUCUGUCAGUGACGUCGAAGCAUUAACAGAGCUUUUUAAGACUAUGUGUAAUUCAAUCGAACCUGACGGAAAAAUAAGCAAGGAAGAAUUUAAAUUAGCACUCUUCAAAGAUAGUCAAAGACAAAAUUUAUUUGCAGAUCGAAUCUUUAAUCUAUUUGAUCUGAAGCAGAAAGGAAAGAUUUAUUUUGCUGACUUCGUUAAAGUAUUCCAUGUCUUCCACCCGGAUACACCAGUCGAGGCCAAGAUAGAUUUUUCAUUUAAGCUGUAUGACUUGAAUGGUGAUGGAGUUAUAGAGCGCCAAGAGGUCAGGGAAAUGCUUGUUGUAGUUUUUCGCGAGUAUCAACAUGAACCUACAGAUGAGGAAUUAGAUUACAUUCUAGACAAGACAUUUUUGGAGGCGGACACGAACAGUGAUGGCAAUAUUGACAUUGAUGAGUGGCGAGUCUAUGUUAAUAGAAAUCCUGGAGCGAUUAGAAUCAUGACUAUACCAUAUCUAAGGGAGGUAACUACAAUAUUUCCAGAUUUUGUGUUCCAUUCAACUGUGAAAGAUGAUCAACUUGUUGUAUUCGAGCAACCUGGAGCCUCAACUUCAAUCGCGCAACCUGGAGCCUCAGCUUCAAUCGCGCAACCUGCUGCUCAACCUGGAGCCUCAACUUCAACUGCACAACCUGGAGGGUCUAGUUCAACCGCGCAACCUGCUGCUCAACCUGAAUGCUCAACUUCAACUGCUCAACCAGCUGCUCAACCAGCUGCUCUACCUGAAUGCUCAACUUCAACCAUGCAACCUGCUGCUCAACCUGGAUGUUCAACAUCAACCGCGCAAACUGGUGCUCAGCCUGAAUGCUCAACUUCAACUGCUCAACCCGGAGGUUCAACAUCAGCCGCGCAACCUGAAGCUCAACCUAGACGCUCAAGUUCAACGUCUAGUGAUGAGUUUGACCUCUUUCUUUAA